GCGACCGCCGUGGACAAAGCAACGUACCGCCAGCAGUCGCAGCGCAGCGCACGGAUAUAUAGCAAAAGCUAACUACCAGAUACAAAACGCAACACACACCUGCCCAUCCACAUAACCACACUCGGCAUAUAGAACUAUACGAGUAUAUAUGCUUGAGAAUCAGAAGCGCGCGAGGGCGUCACGCGUUCAUAUACAUCAGAUAUAGAUAUAUAGAUCGAGCGAUCGACCGACCAGCGAACAUAUAGCAAGCGGUGGUUAUUUUUUCAUCUUAUUUUAUUGUGACAAAAACCGCGACAAGUGUUUAAAAAUAGUUGUUGUGCCCCCCCAGCGAAUAUAAACUCCCAGCUAGCAAACUCGCCCGCCAAACUGAAAACCAACUAAAAACUGAAACCAACUGAAGCCCAGUUAAACUACAAACAGCAGCAAUAUGGUCGAGACCGUUGUUAAUAUCGAGCGCACCACCACAACAACGACGAACGGACCGCCAGGUGGGGCGAACCCGACCGUGGGCAGCGAUGGCGGCUUCUGGGGCGCCAUCCGCCUCAACAUCGACUAUUUCCGCACCGUGCCGGGCAUCAUCAAAAUUGCCGAGUUUGUGCUGGGCAUCAUCUGCAUGGCAUUGGCGGCACCUCCAAUGACCUCGGCCACCUCGUUCUUCAUGUUCGUGAUCGUCAUCUCGUUCAUCAUCAACAUUCUGCUGAUCGCCGCCUAUUUCCUGGGCAUUCGCGAGGCCCUCAACGUGGCCGUCAACUGGAUAUUCUCGGAGCUGAUCACCACCGCUGUGCUGACGCUGCUGUACUUCAUCGGAUUCAUCGUCCAGCUGGCCAGGUGGUCGGAUGCCACGGGCAAAGGUUCCGGUUCGAACACCGCCGCCGGCGUCUUUGGACUCUUCAAUUUCCUGGUCUACGCGGCGGGCACGUACUUCCUGUUCGUGGCCCACAGGUCCGGGGCCACCCACUAAGUGCGGCCAACUCAGUGACUGGAGCUUAGUCUAGAGUUAUGUCUAAUUGUUUACUGAAUAAGUGCAGAUCGAGUACUUGUAAUUUUGCCUCUUUAUUUGCCGUUUUUUUUUGUUUGUUGUUAAUUUAUGCGUGUGAGCAUAUGCAAAUCGACAAUGGAAGUCGACUUGAUGUGUUUUUAAUGUUAUUUUAAAUGGCUAACUAACGUUUAAGUCUUAAAUCCACCAUAACUACGCAAACGAUUGGGGUGGGCAUCCCAUGUAAUGCAUUAACUUUUACCAUUUCAUGACUUACAUCUAAUGAUUUUGUGUUUUUUGAUUUGUUAUCAAC